CACGACUGCUGCAGUCGCAACACGCAAGCGUACCUGCCGGGAUGGCUGAUCGCGUGUCUCUGGCAAGCAACUGCAACGCCGCAUGCAGCAGCUACCUGAAGUUGCAGAGGCGCUGCGGACGCUGCGAUGGCUGCGCUGCCCUUUCCAGCAUGGGAUCGUCCCCGGACUGGCUGCAGGCCCUCUCGGAGACCGAUCAGCAAGAGUUCCUCAGCAUGCUGCUGGCAGAGUCGCAGCUGUCGCUGGUCAGGCAGCUGGCCGUGAUCCUGGGUCCGCUGGUGGGCACGCGCGACGCCUUCUACGAACGAGGCAGUGCCUUCAACUACGCCCGCGACGUGGCCACGGAAAGUGAGCAUCGCAACAGAAACAGUCCCGUGAGCCUGCAAGAUCGACUGGGUGCAUACGGCGCCUCUCCGCGUUUGCACCAAGCAGCGAUCCACCACUCCCGUGCCGUUCGCUGCAGCAUCAGUGGGGUUGUGGACGACGAGCAGCACCGCCGCCGGCGACUCAGCUCCCUCAGCCGGUCCAUGCCAGCACCUUUGAACGCGGCUUCCGAGGUUGGUGUGUCGCAAGGGGCAGCUCAGUUCGUGCCGACACUCAUGGGCCUGCAGCCGGCCACGGUUGCUCACAUCCACCGCAGGCUGAAUGCGCCCGGGCUGGCGGCGCGGUUGCAGGCAGCGUCAGCGGUUGGACAGCAGGCUGUCGAUGCGACGGCAGAUGCCAUGUUGCAAUGGUACCUGCAAGGCAACACGUCCGACACAGCACGCCUGAUUGCCUGGCGCCUGCUGUUGACGCGCAUUUCUAGGCCCACACUACAAUAUCUUGCUGGCAGGACGACAGCAGCCCUGCGGGCAUUCGAGAACCAAGGCGGCGAUGCUGGGGGAGAAGGCAUGGACGUGAGAUUGCUCGAAGCACAGGCGGCAGCAGAGAUGGCAACGAUCCAGGCAGCCCACUCGUCAGACACGGCGUCCCGAUCAAAACCAAAGCGAUCCAGUAAAGAGGUGGACAGGGGCGAUGGUCGCAGCAUCCAGCUGUCCCUGUCAGCGCGCGCCUCUGUGUCUUGUUCGGCUUCUGAUAUCAAGAGCACCAGCGCUGCUGAAAGCAAGAAGCAAGCAGUGGCCGUGCCCAGUCAACUGACUGCUGUGGCAUCAGCGAGUGCUGCUUCUACUUCGUCAUCAUCGUCUUCUCCCCCUUCAACAGCGUCAUCGGGAUCAAAGGGGCCACCAACCACCUCGACUGCGAAAUGCAGUGCCCCCAAUAUGCCCUCCGCCACAACCUUGGCCGCCGCAGCAAGUGUUGAUGACAAUGACGCGUACCGCGGCAAAGGCAACAGCGAUGAUGUUCUUGUUGUCGAUGAUGACAACGAUGAUGACGUCCGAUUUGACAUGAUCGCAGCCUUGCCCAGCUUUCUUGCCCAACACGUGCUGAGCAUGCUGCCUGCGAGUGAUCUUAAGGUCACCGCCCAGGUCUCCCCCUACUGGGCCCAACUCACCGCUGUUGUCCAGCAUCACAAGGCGCUGCGCCAAGAUGCGCUGGAAGGCAUGAUGGCGGUGCGUGGUCCUGCACAAGCGGACGAACGUACACGCCUGGCGCCCAUCUCAUGUCCCACGCGUGCCCCCGGGUCGUCUGAGCUGCUUCGCCUGCCGUCCCGAGACUUCUUCACGGGCUCGUUUGCGUGCAUUCGCCUCCCAGACACGCUGCGCGACAUGCACCACCUCUUUGUUGCCGUGGACCCGCGCGGGCGCCACUGCAUCACUGGCGGCGCGAGCAGAGACGCCGUUGUUCGCGAUGCUGUCACUGGGGAGGUGCUCGCGCGUGUCCGCGGCCACGCCGGCGGUGUGCUUGGUGGCGCAGAGCUGUUGUCUCGGGACGUGUACGCAACAGCGAGCAUGGACGCGUCUGUGCGCCUCUGGCAGCGCGGCACGCUUAAGCCCGUUGGUGUUCUGCACGGCCACAUCAAGGCCGUGUCCCAUCUCGCCUGGGAUGAGUUGAACGACACGCUCGUGUCUGCCUCGCUCGACAGGCGCGUCAUCCUGUGGGACCUGGAUCUGCAGCGCCCCCACGCAUCCAAGCACGUCGUGCGCGCACCCGGCUCCAUCCACUGCCUGGCAAUUCACCAUCACGUGUGCGCUGUUGGGCUGAGUGACGCCAGUGUCACCUUAUUCGACAUCAGCAGCCGCAAGUUUGUGCCUGCGGGUCGCGUGGUGAUCGCGCCUCUUCCCACUGCCUCCCCAAACGUGACGUUGAUGGGCCUCCAAGCAGCGGCAACAGCAGCAACAGCGGCGACAGUGCAUGCUACGGACGGGCGGCAGGUAGACGGCUCCACGCAGCACAAGGCGAAGCGUCGUGCAAGCCGUCGCGCGCGUGCUCGCGGAAGCAAUGCCAAUCUCCCCGAUCGUGGUGGUGACGGUGGUGGUGGUGGCACGUCCAACACCGCCAGCAUGGGCGAUGCCACAGUGAGCACUGCGGCCACGACAGGCGCGAGCAACAAUGAGAGCAGCGAUGUGACCAACGGCAGCAGCAAACGCGCGUCAUUUGGCAAAGCAAAGAGCGACGCCUCUGCUGCUGUUGUGGCCAGCGAAGGGGAAAAGCAUGGCGACGGCGACUACAGCAAGCACAGCAAGCACGGAGUGGACAGCCUGGGCAAGCCUUACAUUGAGUCAUUGGCUAUCACGCCACACUUUGUUGGUGUGGGCAUGGCUGAUGGACGGGCGUAUGUGCUGGGUCGAGAGGCGAUAACUUGGCCCGCAGCCCAGCCACGCUCGUCGGAAGCGUCCAAAGGCAAAGCAGCGCCUGCCACGGAUGCAAGUGAUGUGGAGGUGGCGUGCUUCACCCACCCAAAGGCUGUGUCGUGCCUGCGCCUGCUGUACCUGCGCCUGGUCACCGGGUGCGCUGACGGCUCCAUUCGGCUCUUCUCCCUCCCAACGAGGCAGUGUGUGCGCAUCUUUCGUGUGCUGGGCAACAUGUCACCCGUCCGCAGCUUUGCGUUUGAGAACCUGCGUUCGCUUGUUGUCAGCACGGACGAUGCUCUUGCCCUUCUCGACUUUGGCGAAGAUGCGACCAAGGACACCACACCCACGGCUGCUCAUGCACCCACCACCAGCAGCGACGAGCACGGUGAUGGCGGUAGCGAUGGCGGUAGCGAUGGCGGUAGGGAGUGGUUGAGGAACAUGCAGAGUGCUGGGCGGCGGAGUGCAGCCACCUCGAGGAGCAGUGCGAUGGCAACACGGCCAGCAACACGUGCAUCUUCAACACGAGCAACAACGCCGUCGCUCGGCGAAACGGUGCUGAAGAUGAGGCAGCAGCAACAGCAGCAGUCGCGGUGGCAACAGGCACGAGUGAAGAGUGGUAUGGGCGAUGGAGAGGAGGGUGAAGGUGCUGUCUUGAAGUUGUGGCACACGGAGGACGAAUUGCUGGUGCAGCAGCUACAGGCACAGCCGGAGCCCCACCGCCCACAAGAACACAUGCAUGGGCACAUGCAGCAGGGGAAACAACACCAGCUGUCACAACCCGAGGAGGAUGAGGAUGAGGAGCAAGAGGCGGGGAAGAACAACCAGGAGCAGAAGCAGCAGUUGCUGUUGCAGCAGAGGGAGGAAGAGAAGACAAUUUCACAACAGCGCUGGCCUGUUGCUGCCGUUGGGCGUGAGGGAAGCCGCGAUGCUGCCAUCUCUCGUUCAGACAGCGAUGCCGGUUCAGAGGGUGAUGUAUUUGGUCGCAGUGCAAACCCAGUGGCGCUUGACGGCGAAGGUCGGGUGGGGAAGCGCACGCAGCGGCAACGGAGUGCAUCCACUGGCGCCGUCACAUCAAGCUCCACGGCAACACGCCGCCAGCGGGCAAGGGCAGGCAGUGUGCAUGUUGGGAUGGCCACACCAAGCACGGAGGCAACGCGAAGGGUGUCAGCGAUAGCAACGUCAACACCAGCAUCUGGCAACAUGAGUCAGCGCCUGCGUCGCCUGUCGCUUGCUGGGCGCAUGCACCACGUGGGCGCAUCAACGCAGGGUGCGAGGCGCACGACACGAGGGGUGAGCGAAAGCAGUGCACGUGGAAACGACACAGGGCCGGCGGUUGUGGUCGCUGCCGCCGCCGCCGCUGUAGACGGGGCGGAUGAUGGCGGGAAAUACCACAACGCGUGGACGCGUGGACGCAGGAGCAGUCGGAGGGCGCGAAGCAGAAGCAGCUCCAACAGCAUCGGCGAUAUGCCAGAUGACACGGCCGUGAUGAGCAGCAACCGCAAGACCACAGGGAGACGGACAACCCUGGCUGCAACGGGCGAUGCGAAUGCAUUGCGACGCUCAAGUUUACGCGUGUCAUCAUCACCAUCGACGAUGCAACCACCAUCUGAUUCACCACGACGGCACCGUCGCACACUGCACCACCUGUACCGGCUCACCGUGUCUGCGUCACAGCCCCUGCAAGAAGAAGAUGAAGGCGAAGAUGGGGGAUGCCAAGAGCCGCGUGGACCCAGAGCCACAAGCACCGCCGUCAGCACCAGCACCCAUGUCACCGCAAGCACCAACACCAGCACGACCACCAGCACCACCGUUUCUUCACCAGAUGCGCAGUCGGCGUUGCAUGGCCAUCUGCCCAGUGCUGAACUGAAAUCGUUCCUCGGGCGGAGCGGAGGCGGCCGUACUGCCAGUGAUGGUGGUGGUCGCAAUGGAAACACCCGCAUCAGCACCACGAGCACGGCAAUGACCACCAGCAGUCGAGGGACGCACGCGCACCGCCAUGCAAGCCUCAGUCCUCGUCGACCAACAACGCACGAGCCCCACGACCUGCAGCAGCAGCAGCAGCCGCGGCCAGCGCGUGGCUCGAUUGCCGCCAGCGGGUCUGUGAGCAAAGUCGAUCGCCUUCAGCAGCAGCAGCGGCGACGGCGCGUCAGUCAGCCUGUGUCCAGUCCACGUCGACCAUCGACCUUUGGCCACACGUUUGCUGGCGAGUGGCGUCGCUACUACAAGACGUAG